AUGGAACAGCAUGAGAUGAAGACAGUUGCAGAAACAAAUAUCGACACGCCGGCAGACAAGCGCACAGGUUCAGCCGUUUCAGAUGACAAUCACCAUCAUGAGACGGCGGGUCAGGCGCAGAUAAAGCGCCUUUUCAGCUUCACGCAGAUGUUCUUCUUCUCGCUCACCUUUAUGUCGAGCUGGGAGACUCAAGCUUUGAAUUUAACUGCGGUACUAACAAACGGCGGACCCGAAGCUCUGGCUUGGGGAAUUGUGAUUGUCGUCUUUGGAGCUUUGGCGCAGUGUGCUUCGUUGGCUGAGAUGGCAUCAAUGCAGCCCAUUGCGGGAGCGCAAUAUCAUUGGACAUACUAUCUGGCACCUGCGAGUCAAAAGAGGUUUAUCACCUGGAUGCAAGGCUGGAUUACUUGGUUCGCCUGGGUCUCACUUCUUGCAGGUGUAGCGAAUACCACGGCGACUACCAUCCAGGGCUUAGCGAUCACAAACUAUCCGGAUUACGUACCGGAACGAUGGCAUUUGACUCUCAUAAUCUUUGCAAUACUAAUUGUCGAGGCUCUGAUGAAUAUGUAUACCUUCCAGCUAAUCCCAUGGAUUGAGCUUUUGGCUGGGGUUCUUCAUAUCGUCCUCUUCAUCAUUUUCCUUGUGGUCUUCGUUGCGUUGGCUCCACGCCAUACCCCGGAAUAUGUAUUCUUAACAACGCAAUCCCAGUCCGGCUGGAGCAACACAUUCGUCUCAUGGAACAUAGGGCUUUUAACACCAACAUGGGCGUUCGUCGGCUUCGAUGGUGCAGUGCAUAUGAGUGAAGAGGUCCGUCGUGCGCGAGAGGCAGUACCCCGAUCCAUGGUCUGGUCCGUCGCCACUAAUGCCGUCCUUGCGUAUGCCAUUGAUAUAUGCAUGCUGUUCACGAUGGGUUCGGUCCAGGACGCACUGAACGCCAGCUUUCCCAUCAUCGAAAUAUGCCAACAUGCCACGGGAUCCACGCGGGCAGCCACUGCCAUGGUUUGUGGGCUUCUAGUCCUUGGACUCUCCGUAACCCUAGCUAGCAUAGCAUCUGCAUCCCGCCUCACAUGGGCCUGGGCCCGGGACGGCGCGUUACCCAAAUGGUUCUCCUACAUUGACCGAAGACACAACGUCCCUAUCCGCGCCGUAUGGCUGCCCGUGUUCAUUGUUAUGAUCCUAGCCUGCCUCAACAUCGCAAGCACCGCCGCCUUUGGAGCCUUCAUAGCUCUCUCAUCCAUAGGCCUGUUCGUGUCCUACUUCAUCGCGAUCAGCUGCAUGGUGCACAACCGCUUCCGGAGAGACCCAGUGCCAAUGGGAAACUGGAAUAUGGGUAGAUGGGGCCUUCCAGUCAAUAUCUUUGCCCUGGUUUACACGGCCUAUGUCACUGUCUGGUUAACAUUCCCUUCGUAUCGGCCUGUGACGGGCGCGAACAUGAACUAUGCGUUGCCGAUUUUCGCUGCGUCAACUUUAUUCGCUUUUGUGUAUUGGUUCCUUCAAGGUAGAAAGAACUGGCCUGGGUUGAAUAAGGAGGUCCUGCGGCUUGUGAUUGAAAGGGGUGAGUUGCACCUGUUGUGA